AUGAGAGAGAAGGCCAAUGGAUUUUCAAGACUCAGUGAUGCGGGUGCUCACUUCUUUGACGGCAUUCACCUCACCGACCACCAGACCGACCGCCAGCUGCUGAGACGCGAACAACGCCCUAUUUUUUGUCUACGAGCCGUCACGUGUUUGAUCACGACAAAUCUACAGACCUGUUUUCAUCUAAUGAUACCCCCAAAGCUAGGUUCUCUUUCACUUACCAGUUAUCACAGUGAUUCAUGGCAACAGGGCCUUCUCCAGCUCUCAAGUCAAAGACUUCCCUUUCACCCUCAUGGCGAGUGGCUGCAUAAACUUGUCACCAGCUUUCGCUCCGCCGCAGAAUUACCAACUCAAAUCACUGUUCGCGGCUUAUCAGCAAGACUAUGGACUACCGGAGCUUCAGCCACAUUACACCCUAUCAUAGCCCAGACCGACCACGAGCUUGAUACCAGACCCCGAAACAAGCAUGCGCACGCAGAAACCAAGGCAUCAAACACCACAUACAAAAACAAAGCUCAUCCGCUAGGAUUAAGAAGACCCUAUCCUCCUGGACAGAUUCCCAAUGGCACCACAAUCAAUGGCUUUAACUCGAACGCGCAGACUCAUGCCGAUCGCCGUGGAUCUUUCAACAACAAGUAUGAAGACGUACUAGCUGCUAAGAAUCAAUACAAAAGUCACGUCGAGCAAUCCAAUUUAGCAGCGGAAAUUUGGUACCUUGCAAAGCUCGAGACUUUGAGCUGGGCUCCUAUCAUAUCUACUGCUCAUGAAAUGGAUUGUGGCAUGGAACUCAAUGCACCUACACCGUCUGAGAUUCUGAAAUUCCCAAACUUCUUUCUGCUGGACAAUAUUAUUCAUUAUGGCAAAAGGAUUUGCAUCAGACUGAGAGCCCGAGGAACCAUCAUCUUUGUCAAGGCUCGACACAUGACCAUGUUCGGAUGA